GUACCUCAGUUAUAAGUUUUCUUCCAGACUGCAGGUCUUUAAUUUCGUAUUUUGAGUAUUUUGACGGUGAUCACUGAUCAGCUGAUCCUAAAGCCUGCGGCUUAUAUAGAAAAUACGUCCAAACAACAGUUCUUUUGCUGAUGAUUGAUGGGAUAUCGUCCGUUUAUACUCGUAUAUGGGUUAUUACAAGUUUACACCUAACCUAUCAUGAUUGAUUUAUUCGUAAUUAGUGGUAGCAAUGAGUGACGAUCCUAGUCCAAAAGUGGAGUUCUCAAGCUCAGCGGAUGUUUUGCGGAUUGCUUCGCGAUUACAUGUGGAAAUCAGGAAACCUUUGAAUCUGUAGUGUACUUAUUUCUACUGCUGCAUCCGCAGCAUCUUUCGUUUGGGUCGUGCGCCGCGAAAUGUUAAUCACUCUGGGCACGCUUGCCGUAUCCGCUCUGCAAGAGCUGCGAAACGAAACUUUUCUGGACUGGAAAUCACCGUAUUUGCCGCUGUUGGGAACUACGGGAUUUAUCAUAAUCUCAGGAUGCAUGUGGCUGAGACAGACCAGAAACAUUCCUGUUUUGAGCGUUCUCAACGGACGCCAGAGGCAUCAACAACGGAGAAAAACUUUGCUUCUCAAACCCAUUACUUUAGCAGAGAUCUCUCCAGAUAAGCGGAAACGCAACAUUGUCGUUUUGGGCCUAUCGGACGCGGGAAAAACCGCUUUUCUCCAGCGGCUACUGCGUGAUUAUAAGAAUCCCGGCAAAUUCUCAGAUGAUCCUGAGCCUACUCUAGGCGUCAGAAUGACGAGUGUUGAUCUCAGAGGACUCCGCCAAACAUAUUACGAAGUGGGAGGUGCGGAAACGACUAGAGUAUUCGCCAAAGAAUUCCUCCACAUGGCCAAUUUGGUGAUUUUUGUUGUUGACGCUACGGCGGAAGAUGCAACCAUGGAAUCUGCUCGAGCCUAUUUUAGUUUUGUCUUCAAAGACGCGGAAUAUGACGGGCCAAUAGUUGUUAUCGCCAACAAACAGGAUCUGCCGAAUCCGAGAAGUGUGCGAGAAUUGUAUCAGGCUUUGGGUAUAAACGAUAAAGAUGACGUCUAUAUUUUGCCGGCAUGUUCUGCGCCGAAGUACUACAGCGAGAAGGAUGACGGUGACCGAAUAUAUCUGUUGGACAACAAUACGAAGCAAACCAUGCAAACCACAGAUCAGCACUAUGGCAUAAUUGAAAAUUUACUUUAUCGUACUUUCACAGAAUAAAAAUUCCUUUUGAAGCGCCAGUGCGAAAUGUCUCGCGUGGUCAUUGGUCAGUAUUCUGCGCAAAUUCUGCGGCGUGCCAUUGACCCUGAGCAAUCGCAGAUAGACAAGUGAGUGACAGAUCGAUGCAUUAUUUUGAGCGUUUUGUUAAAUAUUUAUUGGUUUUCUUGCCGUCCAUACUGUAUUUGUUGUAUAAGAUUAUUGUUUAAGCAAUACAAUUAACGUCUGCUCCAUUAAAAAGUAGAAGAUGGAAGACUCAAACAACCAGUUUCCAAAUUAAAUUA